AAGAAAAUAACUGACGACAUCUGUACCUCCCACCCACGCACACAGACUCACCUCUCUCUCGCCUCCUUUCCCUCUGCCUUUCCGGCUCUUCCACCUCAAACAACCUUCGUCCUGCUCUCCCCCAAAACAACCCAAACUCAGCCAACCACGCCAAUCCGGCCACAUACGUCUCCUCUGCUCUUUGUCGCCAGCACACAUCGUUUCUGAGCAAUCAUUUCGCAAUGGCUGAUUCGGCUGCCAACGGCGGCUCCGGAAUGGAUGCUCUGAAGAGCAACGCCUCGGCUGCCUACGACUCUGUCGCCAAUGGCCCUGUUGCUCAGAACGUCAAGGAUCAGUCUGCCAAGACGUCGGCCGAGUUCUCCAAGCUCGCCGCCUCGCGGCAAACGCCAGCCAACCCGGCCGCCACUGGCCAGCCGCUGACGCACUAUCACUCCUUCUUCUCGGAGCUCCUGUCCUGGAACAACCCUCGUGCCUCCGCCAUCGCCUAUGUCUCCAUCGUCACCCUCGUCUUCUCGGUUAGGUACCUGGACGUUUUCCGAUAUGCCCUCAAGCUCACCUGGAUCACCCUCUUCACCACGGUCGCCGCCGAGGUUGCUGGCAAGGCCGUCCUGAACACGGGUGUCGCCAGCCAGCUCCGCCCCCGCAAGUACUACACCAUUUCGCAGGAGACCCUGACCGGCCUUAUUGGGGACGUUCACGAGCUCCUCAACUUUUUCAUCAUCGAGUCGCAGCGUAUUCUCUUUGUUGAGAACAUCCCAGUCUCCGCCAUGGCUUUUGUUGGCUCUCUGCUUGCCUACUACCUCGUCAAGUUCGUCCCGUACUGGGGCCUGACUCUCAUCUUCACCACCGUUGCCUUUAUCGCCCCGCUUGUCUACAAGUCCAACAAGGAGUUCAUCGACGAGCAGCUGAAGCAGGUCUCGGACGUCGUCGAGACCCAGACCAACCAGCUGAAGGAGGUGGCCGGCAAGCACACUGCCCAAGCCACCGAGCUGACCAAGCAGUACAUGGGCGACUACACCGCCAAGGCCCAGGAGCUGCUCCGUGGUCGCUCCAAGUCCCCUGCUGCUACCCGCAAAGCCGCCCCGGCCGACGAAGUUAAGAAGUCCGACUUUCCCGAGGUGCCCAAGGGUUUCCCUGCUGCCCCCGGCAAGGAGGAGGAGUCGUCUGAGGAGGAGUCUGAGGAAGAGGAUGAGAAGGCGCCUCUGAACAAGGUACCUGUCAAGGCCUAAUCAGAGUACAACUAUGUUGACAAGAACACCAGGGCGAAAAGAUGGUGGGCCACAUGUCAGGUGUCCGUCCUCUUUUCGGCUCUGGCAGACCUGGCUUUGGCGCCUACAUGUUAUGUACACAUGUCCCCGCCUUGGCCGGUCUAUGGAACCUCGAGCAGCACUCUUGGGCAACAACACCCCGAGCUUGCCAGUCUUUACCGCAACACGAGCCAUGACCUCUUUAGUCUUACGGACUCGACUAGCAUGAUUUGACGGACUCCUUUUUUUUUUUUUACUUUACUCGAUUGCUUUUGUCGUUAUUUACCGCACGGCGUAGGGCACAGCACAUGAGGGGAAUCAGCAUGCUUGAAAUGAACCAACGACCAACCAUGUCUGUCCAUGGAUUCUUGGGAACUCGUGAUAAUGGCUUAUGUCCUGUUUUGCUUUCCCUCCACUGUCUGGUUCUUGGCUUCUGAGCGUGGCGGAAGGAAAGACAAUGGAGAACGGUUUGGUAGGGCUGAGAAUGCAAACGAGCAUGGGCUGCGUGGAUUGGGUCAUAUCAGGGGACUGUGGCGAAGGCGGACUCUAAUAUGGGGUCGCGCCGAAGGUGGAUGGGUGGAGAGUGAGUACACGCCGUGAGGUGUGCUUUGUGUGAGGAGCCCUGCCGUCGAGGUUGAUGUAUACUCGUUUGUCUUUUCUUCCCCCCUUUAGUAGUUUGCGGAAUCGUCGAAUAGCCACGCAUCCUCUGGCAGUUUUUAAUCACUACUUUUCCUCCCUCCC